AAGGAUUUCAUCGGCUGAAUGGUAUGCUUUGGUCUCGGCCAAUCUCGGGUUGCUUCUGGGCCUCAUCCAGAUAUAUCAGAACCGAAAAGAUUCUCUAUUUGAAAGUCGCCCCGCCACCAUGGCCAUUUCCCUCGCAGCACUAUGCAUCUUUGUCUUCGCACCAACAGCUCUGCUCAAAUCCAAAGCAGUGAAAGUGGAGGAGGAGGAGCAAACCACUGGGCAAUUUCUCUAUUGUUGUCGAAUCCGCGACAUGAAUGUCCUGAUCCCAGAUGUUGUUACCCUUUCAUGCCUUGUAUCUGUCUUCGUCGCAGAUGGGCUCGUUUGGAUUGUGUUUGUCUCAUGUGCUUGUAUCAUCUCUGCUCUACUCGUGGAAUGGUGUUUCUUGUUUCUAGCCAUUUUCGGAAGAACCAAAUCCGGCCAUGGUGAAUCGGGGCCCAGAAGGGUGUAAUUCUCCAUCUUGCAGCAUUUGUCACAUUUCCACUGUCCCUUAUCCUUAUACGUAUAUGAACCAAGAUAAAAUGUUAG